GCGCUCGGGCAGCCCCCUGCGGAGUACGUUGUCUGAGGGCGAUAACGGAAACGUACUCGCCAUUUCGUCUAUCGUGCUCGCACUUGAUUAGGAGCGUUGUGCGCUGUACCCUUGGCAUUGUGACAGGGAAGGUCCGCAUUAUCGCACGUCUUCGCCAUGACGGUGCCUAUGUCAAGUCUCCAUGUGCAUUCUUGUACUGCAAUGUCUAUCCUUCGCAUGCUCUGGCAAAUCCUACUAGUAAUUUUGCAUACGAAAGAAGCCACAUCGCGCCGACGAUUUCCACCCUCGCGGCCUUCUGGCUUGAUGUGCAAUACGGCAACUUGCCUCUCGGUCGUGGCCUCUCUAAAUCAACGUCGUCUUACCGCUUACUUGUGCUUCCCUAGGCUUCCUUCCACCGCCCACUCUGGCACACCCAGCAGUGUUAUCUAUUAUUGUCCUUCCGGAACCGAGGCGGGCGGGCGGGCGCUAUGGGACGGAGGCAGCUCUUCUGGUAUCAUACGUGCGAAUGAUACGUGCCCUCAAACUCAGUUGUUCUGCGUGGAGUUCCCGACCCGCUGGGACUCGGUGCACCUCAUGGGGAAAUGGACCAACAGAAUAUGAUUAUCGUCUCGAUUCACCGUGACAUGUAACGGUCAUAUGUGGAGAGGUGCACCGACCAAGCUUGUUUCUCCACUAUUUAAGUGGAGGCGAG